AGACAGACUCAGAGCUACUCCUUUCACAACAUCUCUCAGAUUCAACAAAAUGCCUGGAAACCUCUUAAAAAAUCCUAAUGGAGAUGAGGAUCUGGAACAUUGGGAGCUGACAGAGAAUGGAGGCGAUCAAUGGCAGACAGAGAACAUGCCGGAGGACAGUGGACACACUUUCAAUAACGAAUCAAUCACUAAAUACUUCAGCACCUCUUUUGAGCUGUGUAUUAAGAGACAAGUGAUUGACCUGCUGGCAGAGGGUUACGACCCUGAAAAUUUAGAUAUAAUACAGCCAGCCGUCAAUGUGGAGGACUGGUUCUCUAGCCGAACAGACUGUGGAUGUAUUUAUAUGCUCACUGUGACUCUGCUUGAUGAAAACCUAGAGGUCAUAGAAGAAUUUAAGCCAGAUGAAGUGACCAUUGACCCUGAUUGUGAUGAUUGCUCUUGGAAACAGGUGAGCCACACUUUCACAGAUUAUGGUCCGGGCCUUCGUUUCAUCGCUUUUCAACACGGCGGUCAAGACACCAAGUAUUGGAAGGGCUGUUUUGGAGUGAGAGUGACUGGAAGCUCUGUUACAAUAGAUAUCUAAACAAAAUCAUAAUUAUUAAAAAAAGACCAGAUGUAUUUUCUAGCAGCUUGCUUUUAGUUUUGUACAUACUGAUCUAGGUGUAAUAGUAACUAAAUAUACUGCUGAAGGUGUACAUGUAAUGCUAGGCCUUAAAAAGCAUCUCAUCAGAUAUAUACAUAUAUAUAUAUAUAUAUAUAAUUUUUUAUUUUUAGGUUUCUAUUUCUGUUCAACCACUAACUACAUCUAUAUGACCAUGCAAGCUAUGCAUUUAGAUGCCUUACAUUAACAAUGCACUGCUAAUGAAGUUUCUAUAUGCAAUAGAUCUUCAGUUAGCAUAAUCUCCUUAUGUGUAAUGCUAUACAAAUAGGUCUGUAUCAUGCACACUUAAAAAUAAAUGGAGUGACAAAACAUGA